UUCCGCAGCUCUACGCGUGACGUGGCGGGGAUUUGAAACCUGGUUGGAAGGAAGCCGCGCGAGCGUGCCCUCGAGCCAUAGUCUCGGGAAGGGAGGAAGGACUCUGAAACAAGCAAAAAAAAAAAAAUCACCAUGUCUUCAACACAAUCUGAAUACAUUAUUGGUGGAGUGAAGAUUCACUUCCCUUGUAAAGCUUAUCCAUCACAGCUUGCUAUGAUGAAUUCUAUUGUUAGAGGAUUAAAUAGUAAACAACACUGUUUGUUGGAGAGCCCCACAGGAAGUGGGAAAAGCUUAGCCUUACUUUGUUCUGCUUUGGCAUGGCAGCAAUCUCUCAGUGAAAAACCAGGAGAGGAGAACUUGAAUAAAAAGACUGAAGUACCCUUGCCAUGUUGUUGUACAUGUCAUUUGCACAACCCCACUAAUGAUAUCAGUGUUAAUGUGAACCAAGGAGCUUCAUGUUCUUUCAUCAGUCCAAUCAUGGCAUCUUCCAUGAAAAAUGAAACCUCUGCUUGCCAAGAAGACUCUACUCCAAAAAUCACGCUAGCUGCAAAAUUAUCUGCCAAGAAACAGGCAUCUUUGCUUAGCGAUGAAAAGGAUGAUUUUCAAGUAGACAAGAAAAGGAUUCGUCCCUUAGAAACCAAGCAGCAGGUUAGAAAGCGUUCUUGCUUUGCAAAGGAUUUAGAUACAAAAGUUGCACCAGAACGGAUUGUGAAGCCAAAUUCUCCAUUGGGGAAAAAGAUAACCUUUUCUCCACAAAAGAUUCCUGGUCCUUGUACUCGCUGUUCCUGUUCCACUAAAAAUGAGAAAAGUCAAGAUGAUAAUAUAACAAAGAAAGAACAUGGGGGAAUAUACAAGACACCUAAAAUAUUUUUUGGGACUCGUACACAUAAACAGAUAGCUCAGAUUACUAGAGAACUGCGGAGGACAGCAUAUUCUGGGGUCCGAAUGACUAUUCUUUCUAGCAGGGAUCAUACUUGUGUCCAUCCUGAAGUAAUCGGUAAUUUCAACAGGAAUGAAAAAUGUAUGGAGCUGAUGGAUGGAAAAAAUGGUAAAUCCUGUUAUUUCAAUCACGGUGUCCAUAAAAUUAGUGAACAACAUGUUCUACAGACUUUACUAGGGAUGCACAGGGCCUGGGAUAUAGAAGAUCUUGUGGGCCUGGGAAAAAAGCUAAAGGCCUGUCCAUAUUAUGCAGCUAGAGAAUUAAUGCAAGAUGCUGACAUAGUGUUCUGUCCCUACAACUAUCUCCUAGAUUCACAAAUAAGGGAAAGUAUGGAUAUCAAUCUGAAAGAGCAGAUCAUCAUUUUAGAUGAAGCCCAUAAUAUUGAAGAAUGCGCACGUGAGUCAGCCAGUUACAGUGUUACAGAAGUCCAACUUAGGUUUGCCCGAGAUGAAUUAGAUAUCAUGGUCAGCAAUAAUAUAAGGAAGAAAAAUCAUGAACCCCUUCGAGCUGUGUGCUAUAGCCUUAUAAAUUGGUUACAGGAAAAUGCUGAACAUCUUGAAGAAAGAGAUUAUGAAUCAUCCUAUAAAGUGUGGAGUGGAAAUGAAAUGAUUUCUCACUUCUACAAAAUGGGCAUAACUGCUGCUACCUUUUCAGUAUUACAGGGUCAUUUUACUGCUGUGCUUCAAAAAGAAGAAAAAGUCACGUCACUUAAUGGUAAAGAGCAAGUCAAAGAAAUACCUAUUGUUAGUCCUUCGACUCAGAUUAUGCUCAAAGGACUUUUUAUGGUACUGGACUAUCUUUUUAGGCAGAAUAGCAGGUUUGCAGAUGAUUACAAAGUUGCUAUACAGCAAACUUACUCUUGGACAAGCCAGAAUGAUAUUCCGGAUAAAAAUGGUUUCUUUGUUUUAUCUAAAAAUAAGAAACGUUCUAGGCAAAAAAUGGCAGUCAGUGUGCUAAAUUUUUGGUGCUUGAAUCCAGCUGUGGCCUUUUCUGAUAUUACAUGUAAUAUAAGGACAAUUGUUCUGACAUCUGGUACUCUGUCACCAAUGAAAUCUUUUUCAUCUGAACUUGGUGUGACAUUUGCUAUCCAAUUAGAGGCUAAUCAUGUCAUUCAGAACUCACAGGUUUGGGUUGGCACUAUUGGGUCAGGUCCCAAAGGGCGGAAUCUCUGUGCCACCUUCCAGCACACAGAGACCUUUGCAUUCCAAGAUGAAGUUGGAGCACUUCUUUUGUCUGUGUGCCAAACAGUGGGCCAAGGAAUUUUGUGCUUCUUGCCAUCUUACAAGUUACUGGACAAAUUAAAAGAACGUUGGAUACAUACUGGUUUAUGGCAUAACCUUGAGCUAGUGAAAACAGUCAUUACGGAACCACAAAGGGGAGAGAAAGUUGUAUUUGAUGAAGUGUUACAAGUGUACUAUGAUGCAAUCAAGUGUAAAGGAGACCGAGAUGGUGCCCUUCUUAUAGCAGUUUGCCGAGGUAAAGUGAGUGAGGGACUGGAUUUCUCAGAUGAGAAUGCUCGUGCUGUCAUAACUAUAGGGAUCCCAUUUCCAAAAGUGAACGAUCUUCAGGUUGAGUUAAAGAGAAAAUACAAUGACCAACAUUCAAAACGAGGUCUUUUACCUGGCCGCCAGUGGUAUGAAAUUCAAGCUUAUAGAGCCCUGAACCAGGCACUUGGCAGGUGUAUUCGGCACAAAAAUGAUUGGGGAGCUCUUAUUUUAGUUGAUGAUCGCUUCAGAAGCAACCCAGAUCGAUAUAUAUCUGGUCUUUCCAAAUGGGUUCGUCAACAGAUUAAGCACCAUUCAACCUUUGAAAGUGCACUGGAAUCCUUGGCUGCAUUUUCUAAAAAACAUCAAAAAAUCAUUGAUGUGUCAUCUUCAGAUAAUAAUGAGUCUGUGCAAGAAGUAGCAUCUUUAAAGGAUGAGUCCUCGACAUCUUUAUUAGAAUCAACAAUUCACCUAUCACGAAAUGUUCUUCAAAAAGAUGAAAGGAAGCCUUUUGUCCAAGAACUUCAGGCUCCUAGAACGAUGGCUGUGGAGCUCAAACUACAUAGUCACCUGUGUAACAUCAUCACAGCCCAGAAUAAAAAUGAUUCAUUAUUUUUAGAAGAUUCUCCCCAGAAAAUAAAGAGGGAAAAUUUUUUAAUAUCCAGAUCCACAAGUCCAACCUUUAAUAAACAAACAGAAAGGAAUAGCUGUCCUGAAUCUAACUCUGGGAAGAAAUAUUUUAGCCCCAAGUCACUGACUUCCACACCUCUGCACAGAUUUUCAGAGAAUGAUGACUUCAGUACUUUCCCUUCCAAAAAAGAAAAGCGGGAAAGUACAGUUGAUCUGUCUCUCAUUAAUAGAGGCCAGUCCUCUUCCUUGUCAGGCCCACAAUCAGAAACAAUCACUUCAUCGUUAAAAAGGACUAAUACUGAUAGUAAAAAAGAUCCUGCUGAACAGCUUCUCUGCCCUGAAGAAGCUCUGGAUCAAGACAUUGAUCUGAGUCCUGUACAUGGAGAAGCUGGAUUUUCCAAAGUAAAUGAAGAUAUUGAAUCAACAGAAGAGGAUGAAUCUAUCUUUUUCACACCGGAACUUUAUGAUGAUGCAGAAUCCGAGGCAGAAGAAAAUGAAGAGCUACUUGAAAAUGGUGGAAUAAAUCAAAGGACUGAGAAUUCAAAUUACGUUAUAGCAGAAAAUCUUUUGGAAAUUGAUCACACCAAAGGAAUGAGUUCAGAUUACACAGACAUGAGGUUGAUUAGAAACAUGCAAAAUGAAGAAUAUAAAGUUGACGACCUUAGUAAUAAUGUAAAGGUGGCAAAUAUAUAUGAACAAGAGCUGCAAAAGACUCAGGAAACGGACCCUAUAGGUAACAUCAGCACAUGAUCCCCAUACUGUUUAAGAUUUCUGGACCAAACUUCAAUUUACAUGAUUACUCUACCUUUGAUAAAUGAUAUAGAUGCUUUAAAAAAAAAUAGUAGGCAGCCUCAUUUUCAAGCUGUUUUUAGCACUGAUUAAAAUGGCACUCAGUUUUAUAAACUCUUAUUUUCUAUUUGAAAGUAUAUAUUAUACUAUUCUCCAGUUCAUUUUUUAAUAUGAUGUACAAGAAGCUUUUUUUUCCCCCUAAAAGAAAAGCUUUCUUGUAGAAACAGAUUCCCUAUUUAACAUGGUAAAAAAUAUAUGGGCUUUCUUAGGCUUCUUCCAAUUUUACUUUAGCACAGAAAUCUUAUAAUCCCCUCCUCUUUUUUCAUAUUUAGAUAUAAAGUUUAGAGAGUACUUGUAUCAUGAAUGUCAGUUCUGAUUCACUUGUUAAUUUUACCACACAUCAUGUAAUAGAAAUCUCAUAUUCCCAUGAGCAGUUCCUUCUCUCUUUAAAGUUCAUAUCAAGUUCUUUUUGCCAGCUUGUGAUAAAUUUAAAAUAGCAAUUAAGCUAUUGUAUGUAUUUUGUAAUUACAGUUUAUUUUACCCUUUUUGUAUGAUAUGAUAAUCUGAAACCAACAGAAUUCACACAGAGCCAGUAGAGUUAUAUACAGAUAUAUUACCUCUUAAUUUUCAAAAUUCACAUUCUCAAGCAGGCUGAAAAAUGAGUUUGAAGAUGAGCCCAAUUGAAAUGUGCCCCCUUGUGGUCAGAUGAACACAUCUGUUAUUUAUUGUUUUCCUCAUUUCCAAAUGUCCAAAAAGGACUGUAUUCUUUAAGCAAAAGCAGAAUUACUAGGAUAUGGCAAUCCUGAUUGGAACAGGAUUAAUGUGGAUUAUAAAUAAGUAUAUUUGUGAGCUCACAUGAACAUGUAUUGAGCAAAUGAACCUGUAUUCCUCAUCAAAAAUAUGCUUUGCUAGAUUAUCAUUCUGAAAAAACACUGACAUAUCCUAGAAAGUAUUCUUUCAUCAGAUAGUUGCUAAUGAUAGGAUUUAGAUUGUGUCAGGACCAUAAAGAGUUUGACCAGGCUCCUUCAUUUUAAUGAUAAAGAACUGAGGACUAAUUACUUUAAGUGAUCAGUCUAAGGAUACACACAAACCAGAGCUAGGAUUCAAACUAAGUUCCAAAUCCACUGGUUGUUUUCCCAUACAUUAUAUCCCAUCACUCUUCCUCUCAUCACUGAAAUUGAAAGUGCCUUUCUGAUCAUGUUUGUGUUUUUUGAUGUCAUACAGAACUAGACACCAAUAAAUUUCUCAUCAAGUAAUAUGAAGUUAUACAUAACAGCUUUAAACAGUUCAAAAAAAUUUAGUUUAUUAUUCACCAAUUAAAGAUUUUAUAUCCCCAAAAUAAUUCCUUUUGAUAACCUGUCUUUUCCUUUUAUUUGUCAUUGACAAUUAACUGUAAACAAUAGAUUAAAAGUAAUUUUUAUAAUCAUAGUAUCCUAGAUUUUAGAACUGGAAGAAUCCUCAAAUCUAAUCCAAUCCCAUCAUUUUAUGGUGAGGAUCCUGAGAUGCAGAGAAGUUAAGUGGCUUGUACUACGUUAUGUAGGAAAUAAAUAGCAGGCAUGAGAUUUGAACACAGGUUCACCUAUUUAAAAUUAAUACAUGUUAAGCUUUGAAAAACUUAAAGCACAAAUUACUUCUCGUUGACUUUGUUUCCACAUUUGUAAAAUGAGGGAUUUGGAUUUAAGUAUUUCUGUGUUUUGGGUUUUUUUCUUCAUAUCACAUUCAAUUCAACAGACACUUAUUAAGUUCUUACUGGUGCAAAAAAAAAAUCCCAUAUUUUGUUGAUAUUCUAUUAGGAGUCAAUUUGAAUUGGAUUUUUGACAGUUUCUUCUUAAAAAACAAAUUACUCAUUUAUAAUUGACAUUAAUCCUGUUCUAGUCAGGAUUGUCCCCUAUCCCAGUAAUUCUGCUUUUGCUUAAAGUUUACUUGUAUCCUUUUAGAAAUUGCCUUUGAGUCAGUUCAUGAGACACACAAAAUCAUUCCCAUUAACCGUGUUCAUUCUUGAUCCCAAGCAAUCUUACUUAAUCAUUGAUCUUUUUUAAUAGAUGAUUGAAUUAUCUGAUGCUGUUUCCUCUUCCCCCAAAAGAAACAUUUGCUAUCCUAAGGAAUAUUCAGAUGUAUGUGCCUAAAGCGCACAUUUUAGGCAGUUCCAAAAGAGGAACAAUGAAAACCUUUUGAGAACCAUUAUAUGUAUCAGCUCCUAAAAGGACUUCUUUAGUUGGGAUAUCACUCUUUUGGAAGUAUAAUACAGGUGCCCUUAUGGAAAAACAAUUACAUUGCUUUGUUGUAAUGCCUUAUAAUGAUCAUAAAGUCCUAGAAUUUAAAGAAAGAAGGAGCCUUGAAGGUCAACUAGUACCAACUCUUAACUGUACAGGGGAAAAAAGAAAGGCCCAGGAAUGGAAUCCAGGAUCAGUUCCUAGCUGAGCUGGGAUGAGAACCCAAGCCUUCUGUGUCUAGUGCUUUUAUACUGCAUGGAGAUCACAAUGAGGACAUUUGUAGCAUGCUUGUAAAAAUGUCAUUACCAUUCAUAGGGUGUAGAACUUAGACCUAGAAGAGCCCUCAGGUCUAAGGCCUCACUUAUAAAACUCGAUAUAUAAAAUAUAAGGACUUUCAAAACUUCUACAUUAGUUUCAGAUUAUUUGUAAUUCUAAAGAACUCUCAACUUUCAAAUAGAAUUACACAGAGUUCCUUUAAAAGAACAUUUAAAACAUGACUAAAAUCACAAGAAUUUUACUUGCAUGCCAAUCUUAAAAUAAAUAUUAAGAAAAGUGAAAUAUUUUUUACAUUUGAAAUAGCACUAAACUUAAAAGUUUUAGUUCCCAAGUUCAAAUCCCACUUCUGCUAAUACCUAUGUGUGAAUUACUUUCAGCUAGUUAUCUCUUAUCUCUGGGCCUUACCUUCUUCAUCUGUAAAAUGAAUGAAUUGAACAUUAGUUUUCUUCUAACAUAGAUCUAGAUCUGUGAUCAUCCUGGCUUUGCUUAAAGACCUGCAUCUAUUCCUUAAGAACCGACCUGUUAUUUGGUGUUCCAUGCCAAAUAAAAGCAAUAGUCAUGAAUCUCA